AUGGAUUCAAGACUUAUAAAAUAAGUGAGAUAAUAUAAAUUGAGGAAAAUAUUAGGUCAGGGAUCUUUUGCAACUGUGUUUUUAGGGGAAAAUCCAAAGAAAGAAAUUUUCGCAAUCAAAGAAAUCAAACUUGAAGAAGAUGACGGAUCGGAAGAAGUUCAAAAAUUACAUUAAUAUUUCGAAUAAGAAAUAGAGAUUUAUUUAAAAACAAAGCAUGCUAAUUUGGUGAGUAUGAUAGAGGAAUUUACUGAAAAGUAGUUUCGCUAUUGUGUAUUUGAGUAUUGUGCCAAUGGAGAUUUAAAUAACUUUUGGAAAAACAAUUUACUCACUGAAUAGGAAGCCAAGACGAUAUUCACAUAAAUUUUAGCUGGAAUGAAAUAUCUUGCUGAAUAAUCUAUUGUACACAGAGAUUUGAAAUUGGAUAAUAUUUUGAUAGAUGAAAAAAACACAAUAAAAAUAGCUGAUUUUGGGUUUGCUAAAUACUAUAAUUCAGAAGAUAUUUUCGUUUCUUAUUGUGGAACUCCAGCAACAAUGGCACCAGAAAUAUUAAAUAAAUAGAGUUACGAUUUUAAAUGUGAUAUUUGGUCAUUAGGAGUGAUCUUAUACUAACUUAUUUUUAAGAAAUAUCAUUGGAAGGGAAACGUUCGAAGUAUACUUGACUUACAGAAAUAGCUCUAAUAGUACAAAGUUGAAUUUGAUAAUUAAGUGAAAUUAUCGGAUGAAGGAAAGGAUCUCAUUAGUAAAAUGCUAGUUAGUGAUAAAGAAAAACGAAUUAAUUAUCAAUAAUUAUUUGCUCAUCCUUGGUUGGAAGGAAAACUAGAUGAAUCCUAAAAUUUGUUGGAAUCAUAAUGGCUCAUCUAAUCUAAAUUGACAACAAAAUAACCAGGGUAGAUAAUAGGCAAUAUUAUAAAAUAAUAAAGGAGAGUGAAGGCAGACUUUUGUUAAAUACUUGAUCAUUGCAUAAAGGAUUCUAGGAAGGAAGAGGUGAAAGAAAAAUUUAAAAAUUUUAGAAAGCAAGUCAAUUAAGAAAAAUUUAAUAUUACAAUAAAUAGUAAUAAUUUAAUAGACAAACCCGAAUUCGAACUCUUUGAUUAUACAUGUGAAUUGUAUGAAUUUUUGAGCAACCUUUAUGAUCAAUAUGAAAUGAAUUAUAGAGAGACUGCAAAAAAAGAGUUGGAAUUGAUUUAAUUCCUAAAGGAAAAUCCAUUAUCUAAUAGUAUCACUUUCAACUUUGAUGGAUUAAAUACACUAGAGUAAAUUAAAGUGGUGAGGAAUUCUAUUGUUGAAGAGGAUAUAAAUGACUUUGAAGAUCCUUAAAAUUGGUAGAUAGACACCAUAGAGAUUGAUGAAUUUAAGAGAGAUGUCGUUGACCUGGUGAUUCAUGAUAGAUUUAAACUGAACAAGCUAGAUCAGAUGUACUCCUAUCAUGUUAGUUAGUCUAAUAAUAUAUUAAAUAAAAAUUGA